AUGGUACAAAAAUGUGGUUAUUUGCCAUUGGCAAUUUGUUUACUCGGUGGGGUUUUGAGAGAGAAAAAAUCGAUUGUUGAGUGGGAAUCAGUAAAUGAGCACAUCAAAGCAGCCAUAUAUGGAGUUGAAGAGCAGAUUGAUGGAGUGCUAAAUUUAAGCUAUGAAAGUUUACCCUAUUAUUUGAAGCCUUGCUUUCUCUUGAUGGGUAUUUUCAACGAAGAUGAAACUAUAGAUGCUUGGGAUCUAUAUAACAUGUGGAUAGCACAAGGCAUGAUUUCAUAUGAGAAUAUUGGAGACAAGGAGGACACUUUAACCAACAUGGCUGAGCUGUACUUAAGUGAGUUAGCCUCCAGGUCCAUGGUUCAAGUUGAAUUUUUGUACGAUUAUUAUGUCAAUUUGGAGUAUAAAGGUGGGAAACUUAGUACCUUACUAAGGGAAUCUUCGUCGCAUAUGAAGAUACAACAUCUGGCAAUCGAUUUCAGAAGUGAAGUCGAGCAUGAGCCUACAGUCGCUUGUGGAGAAGAUGCUUGGGAGCAUAUAAGAUGCUUGCGUUUAGAACAAUGUGAACUUGAUGACCUACCGUCAUCCAUGAGGAAUUUGGUAUAUAUGGAUACCCUUGAUUUAACAGGUUCAGCGAAUGUUGAAGUUCCAAAUGUUUUUAAGGAGAUGUUGCGAUUAAAACACUUGCUUCUUCCUAUUCAUACAAAUGAAAACAUUAGAAAUUAUCGACUAAGAUUGGAUGAGGGAGUAAAUGAGUUGGAGACUCUACUAUUCUUUGAUAGCAGAUGCCAUGAACUUAAACGUAUGGACAGAAUGAAGAAUCUCCGACAUUUUGUUGCAAGAGUACACGAUAAUGAAAGCUUGUCAGCUAUCAUGAAUGGCAUUAUGAACUGGAACAAGAUACAGGAAUGUCAAGUAAUUAUUGAAGGAAGUUGCGACUUAACAAGUGAGCGAAUGCUGGAGAAAGCUUUGACAUGUCCCAAUCUUUAUAGUUUGCAUAUUGGUUCUGUGUCAGUGAAGGCGAUAGCAAAGUGCGAGGGUGAUUUGUUGAGGUCCAAACUUAAGUGUUUGUAUCUGCUUGGUUGUGCGAUUGAGGAUGAUCCAAUGGGGAUACAUGGAAAGCUUCCUUGCUUGAUACAACUGCGAUUAUAUAGGAAAUCAUUUGUUGGGGAGGAGAUGAGGUGUCCAGCAAACAGUUUUCUUCGGCUCAAGAUGCUAGUAUUAAGUGGUUUACCAAAGUUGAGGGAGUGGAGAGUGGACUCAGGAGCCAUGCCCCUUCUCUCUGAUUUAACGAUCGGAGAGUGUUCUUGCCUGGAGAUGGUUCCAGAGGGAUUGACUGUCAUUUCUACCCUUCAGACUCUAGUAAUUGAAGGAAUGCCAGAAUUGAGAGAAAGGGUAUCACCAGCAGGACAGGAUUUCCACAAAGUCAGCCAUGUCCCCACAAUUCGUUUCAAAUACUAA